GUCGCUGCUUCAAUGAAGACAAAGACGAUUUUUUCGCCUGGGCCAGAAUAAGGAAUAAAGAUGCGGUGGAUACUAAAUUGCAGCCCAAAACAAUUUACGACUGUUAAUGAAGCCAUUGCCAACUUAAACCAACUGCAACCUGAACAAUCAAAGACUAAGAGUGAUGAUGACUCCAAGUGCUAUGAUAGUGACCCUCAGAUUGAUUUCGAGGUGCCUGCCAUGCCUGCCCCCGUAGCGCCCAGUCCCAAAUUAACAAGCAUUCGACUAACUAGGUCUGAAAUUUAUGUUGUCAGCAUUCCUCCAGCAGAAAUGGUUUCGAGGGGACAUCAAGUCCGGAUGCCAUAUCGGUCAAAGGAAACGCAGACCACUAAUUUUCAACCUGACCUCACCCACACUUCAGUGUCGAUCAUGGAGGUACCAAGUACGCCUGAAACUGCAUCUACCCCUCAGCCAAAAUACAAGAGGAAGCGUUCUGAUUCAGGUAACGAUGAGGAGACUGAGCCCUUGGCAAAGCAUUCUUUGUCAUUUGUGGAUGAUGAAACCAAGGACCCCUCUUGGAAUCCAAAUAUGUCUUUGGAAAGUGUUGCAUCUACUAGUGAUGCCAACAAUAAGCGAGCAUCCUCAUCCCUGACCGAGGGCAUGUGUGCAGUUUCAGUGUCCAAGCUUUUGGAGCUGUUCCACAUCUGCUACAACUGCGGCUCAAUGGUGACCAUAACACAGUCAUGCUUGUCAUGUGAUGUAUCUGGAAAUGGCAGAGCCAGUCCACUGAGGUUAAGAACUCCUACCACAUGGAGCUGGAGGGCCUGUCCCGAUGUGUCGAUGAAGUGAAAGCAUACGUCCCACAUGUUAAGAUAGAAUUAACAACUGAUGGCCACAAAUCAAUGGAGAAGUGGUUGAGAGAGGAACAAUCGGACACCAUAAAGCAUUAUUUUGAUGUGUGGCAUGUUGCUAAAGGACUGAGGAAAAGACUCAAGCCCAUAACCAUGAACAGGCGGUUUCAGCUGGUCAACAAAUGGCUGAAAAAAGUAUUAUCAAUCACUUGUACUGGUGUGCCAUGACCAGCAAUAACGACCAAUCAUUGAUCUUGGCCAAAUGGAGAUCAAUAGUUAACCAUAUAGCCGGCGUCCACACGCACGAAGAAAACGAACUGUUCCCCAAGUGUAUCCACAGUCGUAUUCCAAGGCAGUGGUUUAAGAAAGGAACAGAAGAAUACGACAAGGUGUUUGCUCUGCUACUCAACAAGAACCUUCUACAUUCAAUCUCAAAGCUCAGCUCGGAUGGCCAGACAUCUGGUUUGGAGGGAUACCAUAGCAGCCUUCUACACUUCGCCCCAAAGAUGUACCAUUUCGGAGACAUGUAUUCAUCCACGACCGGAAGUGUGGCAGUCACAUAGAGCUUAUCAAAAUGUCAAGUUGUGGUAAAUACAUGGCUGGGAUGGACCAAAGUGGAAUUAAUUCUCAAUCUGUGGUUGAUUCUUAAUCUACAGGGUCAGGCCAUCACAGAAAUAUGCUUUUUGAUAAUAUAUUUAAGAAAAUGUGGUCUCACUGGUCAGUUUAGAACUUGUAUUUUGACAGGGCCAUAUCAAUGCGUCAGUGACAUUUUGAUGGAUAUGGUGUACGGAAAUCAUUUUUUCUCUGGCAAUCGGUAUUGGAAUGUUUUUAAACUUUAUUAUGCUAUUGGCAAAGGAUUCUUCUUGACACAUAUAAAAUUUUGUGCAGAUUGAUUGGUCCAAGGUAUACUGUUUUUACCAAAACUUAUGAACAACAAUGUAGACUUAAUGUACACAGGGCUCUGGCUUAGUAGUCAAAAUGGUUGACCAAGUAUGAAAAUUUGACCCUUGCCAUGCUUGCACGCACAUUUUAUCUCAUUUUCUCUAUUCUGCACGUCCUUUUCAUUCCUUUUUCUUGUAGUUGAACCAAUAUUUAUGGCAUUAUUGUGCAUAUUAACCCUUUUCAGCCGCAAUCAUGGAUUCAGUCCUUAAAACUGAAAAUAAACCAGCACAGCGAACCUGAUCUGAAGUCGAAUACUAGUACAAUUCAUUGCUGCUGCUGAAAUUCGGGCACCAAGUCUCUUGAGCUUCAGUGGAAUGGACUUUCCCCGUGUAUUGUUCAUGGUGUGGAUUGCUGCAUGAACACGACUGCGAUAGUUUUUAAGGAAUAUAACAUGAAGCAAACAGUCACUGAAGAAACAACUGAUUACCACACCAAAUUAGACCUUGUAUUUACAAAUGAACAUCAUGUGGAUCAUACAGGGGUCAUUGACAAUCGCUGGUCUGACCAUAAAAUGAUAUAUACAGCUUUACCAAUGUCAGAAUCACUGACCCCAUAGCCUUCCCUUUGACACAGGCCUUCCCAAGAAAGGUGCUGAAAGCAUCCUCCAUGCCGGCACUACAUCUACCGUCGCCGUCGGUUUUACAGCAAUGAACAACAUCCUGUCCCCUCCGGCGAAGUAUCUUCAGUGGGCUGACCGUGUUCUCGACCGUCGGUGCGUCCGAUCGCUCACGCACAACAUUGUUGUAAUCCUCAUGACUGAAACGAGACCAGCUAUCAUCGGUUUUCUCCGGAGGCAUUGUCCUGCUGUAGGGCGAGUGACUCUUCUACUGGUUGCAGUAUCCUGCAAGACCUGGGUCCUGUCAGUUCUCUUCGCAAUCUCUGAUUGAGGUACUGAUGCAUCAGAUCACUCUUCAAGGACAAGGCUGUACCGGCACGAUAUCUCCUCAUUGAGAAUGUGACCAAUUUAACAUCUACUAUCUGUUGAGGUGGAUUCAUAACAAAGCAUUUUAGCAUUUUUUCUCUCUUUUUAAUGAAUCGACAUAUUUGUCAGAUUUCAACGCAUUUACAGAGUAUAAGCGCAGACCCUUGCGGCAUUGGGCACCAGAGCCAAUGAUGACAUGUGCCAAUAUAUUGUUAUUUCUGAUUACAUGUAUAGUCUUUGUAUAAAACAAACUGCUCCAUAGUAUCAAGUCAUAUUUGACAAAAUUAUUAGCUCUUGAGUUUGGUUUAGCUUCAGAAUUAAAAGGUGGGCGUGGCACAUUCAGAUAUAGCUUUGAGUAGAUGAACUCCUCAAAUUUCUUUAAAAGUCAAUAUUAUUUAAAACUUUCUUUUGCAGACUGUUGUGAACAUCUGGGGGAAUCUAGGCAGAAAUUCUGACCUGGGGUCAAAACUGGCAGUACUAGGGCAGAGACAUGUAUUCAUCCACAGGCGGAAGUGUGGCACUGGCACAUAGUCCGUACUGAACUGUGAAGCUGUGGUAAAUACAUGACUGUGAUGGGUGAAAGUGGAUUUAUUCUUCAAUCUUUGGUGGAUUCUUAAUCUACAGAGCCAGGCCAUACGUAACAGGGAUAUACUUUUUGAUAAUUAAUUUAGGGAAAUAUUGUGUCAGUGGCCAGUUUAGAACUUGUAUUCUAAUAGGCCCAGUCCGCAGGUGACGAUUUGAUGGCAAUCCUGUACACAAAUCAAUUUUUCUCAGGCAAUCGGUAUUGGAAUGUUUUGAAUUUUUACACAUAUUUUGAUAAAAGCCUCUUCAUAACACAUGUAAAAUUUGGUGAGAAUUAAAGCACCCUUGGUGUACUUCUUUCACCAACCUAUGUUCAUUAAAAUGUACACAGAAUGUACACGCUGGCUAAUAGAGGUCUCUGGACUGCAAAUUUUUUUUUUGCGUCUCAGUAGUUAAAUUGAUUCAUAGAUACAGUAGUUGUCAGGUUCAUAAUAAUGUUCAGUUAUGGAUAAUUUGAUUCUUUUCUGGUAUUUUGAUUGUGUACAACUCAAAAUUUAGCAAGGGGGGAUUUGCUGUGUAUUCCACUCUUUGUAAUUCGCGCCUUACGUUGGUGGCGCCGUCUGUGUUAAGUUGAA